CAGAAAACCGAACCUCUAUCGAAACCCUAGACCCAAACAUACACUUAUUAGCUCCCUCUCCCUGUUUAAUUUCUGAGAAAGAAAACCUUGGAGGAAGAAAGGGGGAUUGGGAGGAACCCUUUGCAAGAAUCUGUACUUGGUCUACCCAUUAGGUUCUUUGAGUGCACAAGAACAGUUGACGGUCGAAAUGGCGUUUUAUGGUAGACUUGGAAGUCUCAUGAGGCAGACCGUUUCCCAGCCAAGUGGGCAAGUUCCCAUGGCAUCUAUGCUUAACACCGUUCGUUGCAUGUCAUCUACAAAGCUUACCAUUAAAGGUCUUUCUUUUGGAACAAAUGACGAUUCUCUCAAGGAUGUGUCUUCGGGCUUUGGUUGGACGAUUGGAUUGCCUAAAUCACGAGUCUUAUAUACUGUGUUACGAUCACCUCAUGUUGAUAAAAAGUCCAGAGAACAAUUUGAAAUGGUAACCAAGAAAAAACUGCUGGUCAUGAAUACAGACUCGCAUGAAUUGCGCAAGAAGUUAUUUUGGUUGAAACGCCAGCGUAUAUUUGGAACUCAAUGUGAAAUCCUAGUUUCUUGCAAGACCCGUUUGGAUAAGGGUCAAGUUGUGGAUGCACUGCAAAGGUCAUCACCGACGGGGAUACAGGGAGAUCAAGAGGGUUUGGUAACCAGCUCGGCAGUGUCGGCCAUGGAUGAACAGCCUCUUGACGUCGUAACAUCCACGUGAGCUAUGCUAAUGAUAGACCACCUGCCCCUCGCGGUUAUGGUGGAUGCAGCGGCAGCUAUCGUGGCGGUUUUGGUGAUGCCAGAGAGAAUGAUGGUUUCUGAGCACUGUUAAUCGGACUGCCGAUCGGUACCAUGGGCUAUGCUAUGUUCGUUGUUGUGUUCCACAUUGGAUUUUCCAUAACCUGUUUUGGGUUAUGAAUGCUUUUUAAGGAAUACUAGUUUGCCAAGAACUUGAAAAGUUGAAAUCAUGUUUAUCCGAGAGAUAGAAUUUUAAGCUGUCCAUUUUUUUUUUUGUUUGACGAAUAAGAUCAUCCCAUUUAAGCUGUCCAA